AUGCGCCCAAGGGAUAAUAAGACCAAGCCUAGUGAAGAACAAAAUCAAGUAACUGUCUAUCUACCGUACGUAGAAGGUGUUACUGAUCAAACUGGGAAAAUACUAAAAAAAAAGGAAAAUCAGCACUGUCUAAAUGCCAACAAAGAAAAUAAAGGAAUAUCUCAAAACAGAAAAACCGUAGGAAACACCAUCACAUCAGCAGGAGUCUACAUAAUUCCAUGCACUUGUAGAAAAAGUGAUGAGUUGACUGUUAUGAGGAAAUGUUUUCCAGCAAUGAGACAUCUUGGAGGUGACAAAAUUGUUCCUAGAGACUGUGUUCUGUUAAAAGCAGGACCAAGAAAAAAUGAUUUACCUUUUGUCGCAAAGAUUGCUUCUCUUUGGGAGAACCCUGAUGAUGACCAGGAGAAUCCCCCGGUCAAAAAUUUGCCGGUUUGCCCUUCAAAUGACCCUGAGGACUUAGAACGGCCACAAGAAGAAGACUCAACUAUGGAUACUACCCCUGAGGUCGGGGAUACAGCCUCAAGAAAACAGUCACUAGCUGGGUCAGAUGAUAAUAGCUACUACGACACCCACGAAAAUCCUACCGGCAGCCCAACGGUAGAUAAGCCGGAAAAUUCGGUAUAUAAAACUACUGAAAGCCUAAUUAAAGAACUUGAAAAAUCGGAUGAGUCGAUUAAUACGUCCAACGACUCUCAGGAGUCAAUGGACACUGGUCUAGAGAAUACGAUAAUUGAAAACAAGGGAACCGGGGAAGGUGAGAUGAUGAUGUCUUUGUUGUGGUACUAUCGACCAGAGCAUACAGAACAAGGAAGGUUACCUACAGAUCAAUCGGAUGAAGUUUUUGCAUCACGACAUAAAGAUUCGAACAGUGUGGCAUGUAUCGAUGAUAAGUGUUAUGUCCUCACCUUCAAUGAAUAUUGCAGUCGAUACACAUUGGUUGAAGAAUUAAACACUUUACAAAUUAACGUAAUAGCUCUUACAUAA